GCCAACAUCAACAACAGAGUAAACAUCAACAACAGAGCCAACAUCAACAACAGAGUUAACAUCAACAACAGAGCCAACAUCAACAACAAGCACCACCUCCACAUCAACGACAUCGACUACGACCUCGAGUAGCAGUACGUCAACAUCAACAACAAGGACUACAACCGCGACUAGCACUACAUCAACACCAACAACGUCGAUCACUACCUCGACGAGCAGUUCCUCAACAUUAACAACAUUCACUACCACCUCGAGUAGCACUACGUCAACAUCAACAACUACUACUGGGUAUACCCCUGAUGUGUGUAGUAAUUCGUCACAAGUUGCAUUGCCGAAUGGUACUUGUGUUUCCUCUGGUACUGGUCAGGAAUAUUCAGCUGGAAUACUAAACACUGGUAAUGGGAGUUCUGUUGAUCUAGCGAAUGCUCUUUCAUUGUAUGUAGCAUCAGUAAAUAAUGCAAAUAUGUCAAGGGACGCUAAUAGUACUGUAUCUAUCAGUAUAAUAGAGGACUCGCUGAGUAAACUGAAUAAUAUAAGUAUAACACUUCGUUCUGAUACCUCUUUUCUCAUUGCGCAACCGCUGAAUCACAGUUCAAAUGAUAUUCUUUUGGGCGCUAGAUUUCAGCGUGGUUUGGGUGGUUUGUCUGUAACGAAUUCUACUGUGGAUCCUUCGUUAAAUUCAAACACCAGUGUAGCAGCUGUUAUUGCUGAACAAUCUUUGCUGGAUGUGAAAUCUCUGCAAAUGUUUAUUAUCGAUAAACCAACUAUGUACGAAAAUGUUGACAAGAAAACAAAUAAAUCACUUGCCUCUUCGGUUGUCAUGGGUUCAGUUCAACGAGUCAGUUCCGAAUCUAGUUCCAUGAAUAUUUCUUUGUAUUUUAAAAUAUCACCAGAAUAUCAGCCUAAUGUAAGUGCGAUGUAUCUAUGUUCAUUCUAUGACAUCAGUAACUCGCGUUGGAACGAAACUGGUUGUACUAACCCACUAUUCAACGCUGCAUUCGAUAGAUAUGAAUGUAGUUGUAAUCAUCUAACUUCGUUUGCUCUUAUUUGGCUGCCGCAAUCACAAAUUGGAUCCUAUGGACGUACUAUGAGAGCAGCUGAUAUUGCAUCACUUGUGUUUCAAUCUGUGUCUAUUGUGUGCUUCUUAAUUGUUAUUAUUCAUUCUGUUGCUAUUCGAGCUAUG